GGUGCAUCCCGGGUAACCAAUCAGAGACAGGCUGGGGGGGGGCCGCUUUGAAGAAGUUUGGGAGAAAAAAGUUUGGAAAAGUUUCUAUAAUAACGAGGGGGCGUCCGGAGGGAGGCGGCAGCGACAGAAGAGGGGGCGUCUCAGAGAAAGGGAGGGAGGGAGCUACCCUCGCGUGAAGCUACAGCAGCGUCCAGAGCUUCCCCCUCCCACCCAGGCGGGACCUGGGGGCUCCGGCCGGAUCCAUGGGGGCCGCAAGCUGCGAGGAUGAGGAGCUGGAAUUUAAGCUGGUGUUCGGAGAGGAAAAGGAGCCCCCCCCGCUGGGCCCUGGGGGUCCUGGGGAAGAGCUGGACUCAGAGGAUACCCCUCCAUGCUGUCGUUUGGCCCUGGGGGAACCCCUUCCUUAUGGUGCUGCCCCUAUUGGGAUUCCCCGACCCCCACCCCCUCGGCCAGGGAUGCACUCACCACCGCCCCGUCCCGCCCCUUCACCUGGCACCUGGGAGAGCCAGCCAGCUAGGUCGGUGAGGCUGGGGGGCCCAGGAGGUAAUGCAGGGGGUGCUGGGGGUGGUCGUGUUCUUGAGUGUCCCAGCAUCCGGAUUACCUCCAUCUCUCCCACGCCUGACCCGCCGACCUCGCUAGAGGACACAUCUGAAACUUGGGGGGACGGCUCUCCUAGAGAUUACCCUCCACCAGAAGGCUUUGGGGGCUAUCGAGAGGCUGGAGGUCAGGGCGGAGGCGCUUUCUUCAGCCCGAGCCCUGGCAGCAGCAGCCUGUCUUCGUGGAGCUUCUUCUCGGACGCCUCCGACGAGGCAGCCCUGUAUGCAGCGUGCGACGAGGUGGAGUCUGAACUUAAUGAAGCAGCCUCCCGUUUUGGCUUGAGCUCUCCGCUGCCCUCGCCCCGGGCUUCUCCUAGGCCAUGGACCCCGGAGGAUCCCUGGAGCCUAUACGGUCCAAGCUCGGGAGGCCGAGCGCCAGAGGAUAGCUGGCUACUCCUCAGCGCUCCUGGGCCCGUCCCAGCCUCCCCUCGGCCUGCUUCUCCCUGCGGCAAGCGGCGCUAUUCCAGUUCCGGAACCCCAUCUUCGGCCUCCCCAGCUUUGUCCCGCCGAGGCAGCCUUGGGGAAGAAGGUCCAGAGCCACCUCCACCACCCCCGUUGCCUCUGGUCCGGGACCCUAGUUCCCCUGGCCCUUUUGACUAUGUGGGUGCUCCACCAACCGAGAGCAUCCCUCAGAAAACUCGGAGGACUUCUAGCGAGCAAGCAGUGGCCCUGCCUCGGUCUGAAGAGCCUCCCUCGUGCAAUGGGAAGCUACCCUCCGGUACAGAGGACUCUGUGGCUGCUCCGGGGGCUCUGCGGAAAGAGGUGGCCGGCAUGGAUUACCUAGCAGUGCCUUCUCCCCUUGCUUGGUCCAAGGCCCGGAUUGGGGGACACAGCCCCAUCUUCAGGACCUCUGCCCUACCUCCCCUGGACUGGCCUUUACCCAGCCAGUAUGAGCAGCUGGAGCUGAGGAUCGAGGUACAGCCUAGAGCACACCACCGAGCUCACUAUGAGACUGAGGGCAGCCGGGGGGCUGUCAAGGCUGCUCCUGGAGGCCACCCUGUGGUCAAGCUCCUAGGCUACAGUGAGAAGCCAUUGACUCUGCAGAUGUUCAUUGGCACUGCAGAUGAGAGGAGCCUGCGGCCCCAUGCCUUCUACCAGGUGCACCGGAUUACUGGCAAGAUGGUGGCUACAGCCAGCUAUGAAGCUGUAGUCAGUGGUACCAAAGUGUUGGAGAUGACCUUACUCCCAGAGAACAACAUGGCUGCCAACAUUGACUGUGCUGGAAUCCUGAAGCUUCGAAAUUCAGACAUUGAGCUACGGAAGGGUGAGACAGACAUCGGGCGCAAAAACACGCGUGUGCGGCUGGUGUUCCGUGUGCACGUGCCUCAGGGCGGCGGGAAGGUCGUGUCUGUGCAGGCAGCAUCAGUGCCCAUCGAGUGCUCCCAGCGCUCGGCCCAGGAGCUGCCCCAGGUGGAGACCUACAGCCCCAGUGCCUGCUCUGUGAGAGGAGGGGAGGAGCUAGUGUUGACUGGUUCCAACUUCCUGCCAGACUCUAAAGUGGUGUUCAUUGAGAGGGGUCCUGAUGGAAAACUGCAGUGGGAGGAAGAGGCAGCGGUGAACCGACUGCAGAGCAGUGAGGUGACAUUGACUCUCACCAUCCCCGAGUACAGCAACAAGCGGGUGUCCCGACCAGUCCAGGUCUACUUUUACGUCUCCAAUGGACGGAGGAAGCGCAGUCCUACCCAAAGUUUCAAGUUCCUACCUGUGGUCUUCAAGGAGGAGCCCCUACCAGACUCAUCUCUCCGGGGCUUCCCUUCCACAUCGGGUCCCCCCUUUGGCCCUGACGUGGACUUCUCACCGCCCAGGCCCCCUUACCCCUCCUAUCCCCAUGAAGACCCUGCUUAUGAGACUCCUUAUCUGUCAGAAGGCUUUGGUUAUAGCACACCCGCUCUGUACCCCCAGACGGGGCCCCCACCGUCCUAUAGAUCUGGCCUGCGGAUGUUCCCUGAGACUGGGGGUACCACAGGUUGUGCCCGCCUACCUUCAGUCUCUUUCCUUCCGCGCCCCUUUCCUGGUGAUCAAUAUGGAGGACAGGGCUCCUCUUUUGCCCUGGGGCUUCCAUUCUCCCCUCCAGCCCCCUUUAGGCCGCCACUGCCUUCCUCCCCACCACUCGAAGACCCCUUCCAUCCCCAGAGUGCCAUCCACCCCUUACCUCCUGAGGGCUACAAUGAGGUGGGGCCAGGCUAUACCCCUGGGGAGGGGGCUUCGGAGCAGGAGAAAGCCAGGGGUGGCUACAGCAGCGGCUUCAGAGACAGUGUACCUAUCCAGGGUAUCACCCUGGAGGAAGGUGGGUGUGGGACUGGGGGCUGCGAGUGUAAGUGAGUGCGAGAGAUCAGUUUGCAUGUUUGCUGAAGGCUGGAGCUUGGCUGUCAGGGACUUGGCAUUCUUAGUCUCCCAGGGCUAGUCAGUGGUCUCGGAAGCAAGUUCUUGGUGUGUGAGUGUGUGUGUGUGUGUGUGUGUGUGUGUGUGUGUGUGUGUGUGUGUGUGUCCACCUGAAUUUAGUAAUUUAAUUCUGAAGGGCACACAAAAUACCUGUUCCAUCCUUUUUUCUGUCUCUGCCCUAAUCACAGAAUUUCAGCCCUAGAAGUAUUUCAAGACCAUUCAUUUCUUCUGGUCCCCUGACUUGUAGAUCCAGGCAGUGAGUUUCAGGGAGGGACAUAACUUGUGGAAAGCCAGGCUGAGUCUCGCCCCCUCACUUUAUCUUUCCCUGGUGACUAUAGUCCACAUUGGUGAAGAAGAUCUUCCCGGUUUUGUCUCUUUCUCCCAACUGACCACACCUACUUCUGACCUGCUGCCACAGAUGUAGGCCAAGCUGGCAGGAGAAGGCCAAGAUGCAGGGCUGGGAACCCGCAGGGAUGGAGUUGGGCAAAAUUUAGUUAGAAGCAGUUGUUAUGAGACACUGGGGAAACUGAGGCCCAGCCAAAGAGGAAUCCAGAGGUGCCCUAGCUGGAGGCCUGCCUGGAAUUGAAGGGAGGGGCGGUCUCUGAAAAAGGAAAAGAUCUGCCUUAGCCCCAUCUUUCAACCGCCCCUCCUUUACAGUGAGUGAGAUCAUUGGCCGAGACCUGAGUGGCUUCCCUGCACGUCCUGGAGAAGAGCCUCCUGCCUGAACCACAUGUAGUGGUCCCCGAAGCCCCACCGCCUUGCCCUCUUAACUGGGGUGCUGGCUCCAGAAGCUUGGGGCCAACUCUAGUUUCUCCUAGCCCAGCUUCUAGCUUCCUGUUUUCCCUUUCUCUCCCAGCAAAGGUGUGACCCCCAGGCCUGGUGCUGCCUUGGAAGGGACUAAGGGUGUGGGGGACAGGGGAUGAGGGUGGAGCCUGAGGCUGGAGGCCAGAACUGACUGGGCUGAACAUGAUGUCCUGAUCGUGCAGGCCGUGAUGCUAACAGGCUGGACAGGUUGAUGGGUAAUAAACUGCUCGCUGACCAGUG